AUGUCAAAAAGAUCAAAUCACUCGCGUUCAUCUUCAAAGGAUCCGAAUUCAUUACAACAAAUAUUUAAGAGUCCUGUUAUUAGAACUCCUCUUUCAGAUAUCUCAAAUGUUAAUUCACCUGCUGAAAGGCGUAAGCUUCGAAAGAUAAUACUUGAUAACAAGAGAUCAAAGAAAUCGUCAUCAUCAACAAAUUCUUCUAAUAAUACUCACCGGAACAUAUACUCCAUUGGUCCUCAUACAAGUAUAAAUGAGACAAAUUCAUUAGUUUCAACCAUAACAGAUAACUCCAGCAAAUCUACACCGUCAAAUGAUAAUCUUCGAUAUUCCAUUUCUCCUCGCAUUAAUAUUAGUAACAAUCAAGUGGUAUUUGGUUCUACGUUUACAAUUACAAAGUUGUCUUCUGGUAAACGUAAGCUCGAGCAUAGGAAACGUGACACUACUCCUAUACCUAUGGUCAAUUUGGAUUCCGAUGAUGAUGAUGUUUUAGUCAGAGUGGAGGACCCUUAUAAGGGGGUAUCUAAAGAUUAUUUGGACCAUGGUGACCAAGUUCUUACAUGCGAAAUCUGUAGUGCAAAGUUAUGGACAUCAGAAGGUGGAAAAGGUCGAAUAACUAUGAAUAAGAUGUGUUAUAGUAUGUGUUGUGGGUAUGGUAAAGUUGAGCUACCGCCUUUAAAGGAUGCGCAUACGAAAACAAGCAAACCUUCGUCCUCUAAUGAUAAAGAGAUUGAUGUUGAAAUGAUACAUUUUUUGAGGGAUUUAUUAGAUUCAGAAAAUAUGCUGGUUAAGACAUAUAGAAUGGUCAGAGACCAUUUUCACGAAUCCCCAGAGGCCAACCUUAAACUUCGUCUUAUGUAUAAAAGAGAAAAAGAUGGCCGAACAUAUAACUUACCAACCACGUCGGAAGUUGCUGCUUUGGUUCUUGUCGAGACUCAGUCUGGAAUGUUGCAGCGUAUUAGCGAAUUACAUCCAUCGUAUCUUGCUCUGCAAUAUCCGUUGCUUUUCCCAUAUGGUGAUGAUGGAUAUAGAAUUGAUAUUCCCCAUAGAGAUUUAAUUGCGACACAAAAGAAAAUAAAGCCAAAGUGCACGGUGAGAGAAUUUUUUGCAUAUAGGUUCCAAGAUAGAAAUUAUGGUUUUUCCUUAAUUCUUAACGGAAGAAGGUUGUUACAACAAUUUUUGGUUGACGCAUAUACGAUGAUCGAGAGCGAGAGACUACAUUACAUUAGAAGACAACAAACAAAACUCCGAUCUGAAACAUUUGAAAAUCUUAAGAAGCAUAAAGAUAAAGGUAAACAAACUUUAAAAGACACUGGAAAGCCUGUUAUACUACCUUCUUCAUUUACUGGUGGUGCAAGAUUCAUGCAACAAAACUACCUCGAUGCAAUGGCCUUAUGUAAGUCUUACGGGUACCCAGAUUUCUUCAUAACUAUAACUUGUAAUCCUAAGUGGCCAGAAGUAAAACGAUUUCUAAAAGAUUCCACCAUCAAAGCUGAGGACAGGCCUGACAUACUGUGUCGAUUGUUUAAAAUGAAGCUCGGUUCAAUAAUCAAAGAUUUGAAGGAUUCUAAUUACCUCGGUGAGAUUAAUGCUGUUGUUUAUACAGUAGAAUUCCAGAAGCGUGGUCUUCCUCAUGCACAUAUAUGCUUAUUUAUGAAUGUCGAUCACAAACUUCCUACUGUAGAUCACAUAGAUCCAUUUAUAUCGGCUGAGAUUCCUGAUAAAAAUCAAGAUCCCGAAGUUUAUUCUUUGGUAAGUGAUUAUAUGAUUCACGGUCCAUGUGGAAAUGCUAAUUUGAAGUGUCCUUGCAUGGUUGAUAAAAGAUGUUCAAAAAAUUUUCCAAAGAAAUUUUCAUCACAUACAACUGUUGAUUCAAAUGGUUUCCCUGUAUACCGAAGACGAGAUUCCGGCCACACAGUUAUAAAAUCUGGUGUUAGAUUGGACAACAGAAGCGUUGUUCCAUAUAACAAAAGGCUUCUCAAAAGAUAUCAAGCACACAUCAAUGUAGAAUGGUGUAAUCAAUCUGGUUCAGUUAAAUAUUUGUUCAAGUAUAUUAAUAAAGGCCCUGAUAUGGCUACUGCUGUUGUUUCUGGUGUUUCAAAUCCAAGCAUUAAGGAUAAGCCAAGAGAUGAGAUCAAGGAAUAUUAUGAUUGUAGAUAUAUUUCAGCUUGUGAGGCAUCAUGGAGAAUAUUCUCAAACGAGGUUCAUUAUAGGUAUCCUGCAGUUAUGAGGCUUCCCUUUCAUAUGCCGGGUCAACAGAAUGUUGUUUAUGGUGCGGAUGACGAUAUUGAUAAUGUGUUAAGCAAACCUUCAGUUGCUUCUUCAAUAUUUGUUGAAUGGAUGAAAUUAAACGAGUCAAAUGAAAAUGCUAGAAAGUUGACUUAUGUGGAGUUUCCAUCAAAAUUUGUUUGGAAACUUCAAGAUAGAUGUUGGCAGGUACGUAAGACGUACCAAACUGUUGGCCGUAUACAUUCUGUGUCUCCUGCGUUAGGCGAACCUUAUUUUUUGAGGAUACUUCUGAAUAAAGUUAGAGGGCCCAGAUCCUUCGAGGAAAUACGUACUGUUAACGGUCAGUUAUUCCCGACUUUUAGAGAUGCUUGCUACGCAAUGGGGCUGUUAGAUGAUGACAAUGAGUACGUUGAGGCCAUUAAAGAAGCAAGUUUCGAAGGACAUGCUGGGUAUCUCCGAGCGUUAUUUGCUACAUUGUUGUUGUCAAAUACACUUUCACGUCCAGAGUUUGUGUGGGAGAACACGUGGAAAUACUUAGCAGAUGAUAUUUUAUACAGACGUCAAAAAGAAACAAAUAUUUCAGGUUUAGUGCUUCCAAAACAUCAAGUUAAAAACCUUACUUUGUUGGAAAUUGAAAAAUAUUUAGUUUCGAAUGGUUCGUCGUUACGAGGUUUUAACACGAUGCCUUUUCCUGAUGAUGAUUCGUCACGUGAUGUUACUAAUCGUCUAAUCAAUGAAGAGCUAUCACAUGACGUAGAUGAAGUACAAACUGAGUUUAAUAAGUUGCAUCAAUGUCUGACAGAUGAACAACGAGCUGUUUUUGACGAAAUAAUGGCAGCAGUUGCAAGCCGUAAAGGAGGGUUAUUUUUUGUCUAUGGGUACGGUGGAACUGGAAAAACUUUCUUAUGGAAGACUUUGGCUUCUGCAGUUCGAUGUAGAGGUGAGAUAGUUUUAAAUGUUGCUUCAAGUGGUAUUGCUUCAUUAUUACUUUCUCGUGGAAGGACAACCCAUUCUCGGCUCCAUAUCCCAAUUAAUCUCACUGAAGAUUCCAUGUGUCAUAUUAAGCCAAAUAGUGAUAUUGCCAAUUUAUUAAAAGAAACUCAAUUGAUCAUAUGGGACGAAGCACCGAUGGUCCAUAAACAUGCAUUUGAAGCUUUAGAUAGGACUAUGUCUGACGUGUUUACUGAUGGUAGGAGUAGUCGAUUUGAUGUUCCGUUUGGAGGGAAAGUUUUUGUAUUCGGCGGUGACUUUAGACAAAUCCUACCAGUUAUUCCUAAUGGUACUAGACAACAAAUAGUUUGUGCCUCUUUAAGCUCUUCAUAUAUAUGGUCAAAGUGCAAACUGUUAAGGUUGACUAAAAACAUGCGCCUAACAAUUGGAGCUGAUAGUUCUGAUAUGGACUCUAUUAGGGAUUUUGCGAAAUGGCUGCUUGAUAUUGGGGAAGGUAAGUUGGGAGAUGAUAACGAUGGUGAAGCAAUUAUUGAGAUACCUGAUGAUCUAUUAAUCACCGAUAGUUCUGAUCCAAUACAAAGCUUAAUUGACUUCGUCUACCCUUCAAUUAUGGAACAAUUUCGGAAUCCUGGUUUUUUUUCUGAACGAGCAAUUCUAGCACCAAAAAAUGACGUAGUUCAUGAAAUUAACGAUCGAUUGCUUUCGUUAUUUCCAGGUGAUGCUAAAGAGUAUUUGAGUUCCGAUAGCAUAUGUCAAACUGAACAAAUGCUUGAUUCAUUUCAAGAAGGUUUAUACUCAACAGAAAAUUUGAAUGCUCUUAAGAUUUCUGGGUUGCCUAAUCAUAGAUUAGUUCUUAAAGUUGGUGUUCCUGUCAUGCUUCUUCGCAACAUCGAUCAACAGAAAGGUUUAUGUAACGGUACAAGGCUAAAAAUUACUUUUCUAGGCAAACAAGUAAUAGAAGCUGAAGUAAUAUCUGGCGGUAAUAUCGGCACAAGAGUUUUCAUUCCAAGGCUCAAUAUGAUUCCGCCUGACAAAAAAAUACCAUUUGAAUUUCAAAGAAGACAAUUUCCUCUAUCAGUUUGUUUUGCCAUGACAAUUAACAAGAGUCAAGGCCAAUCCUUAUCAAAAGUUGGUCUUUAUUUGAAAGAUCCGGUGUUCACUCAUGGUCAGUUGUAUGUGGCAUUAUCAAGGGUCAAGACCAGAGAAGGAGUUAAAAUAUUGAUAUUCGAUGCUGAUGGAAAACCAACAAAUAAGACGUCCAAUGUGGUUUAUAAAGAAGUCUUUGGUAGCUUAUAA